AAGGGACGCUUAGUACAUAGUAUCAUUAAACGCACACAUAUUUCAAGUAACACACAAAAUAUUGAAAUACUAGUUACGCAAAAGCUUAUAUAUUUAAUCAGCUAUAUAAUGCUGCGGAUUCCGGGUAUGCCACUGCUUCCGGGCACGCUUUUUCGUGACGUCUCUAAGGGUCAUUACCCUAAGCCACAAUCUUUGCUGAACCUCCAGGGUCUCAGCAUGCUUAACGAUCGUCAGCAACCCGCACCAAUUGACCCCAAUGGCGACGUAGUAGACAUUAGCUGCCCACCGGUUGGCGCAUCUUCCAUCUAUCCACCACGUUCCGGGCCACGCAUACCACCCUGGUUGGCUUACGACAAGAAGGUUCUCUGCUUUAGUGCCUAUUUCAAACAAACUUUGCAGGAGGUCUACCAUGCACCAUACUUGGUUCGAAAGGUUAAGAUUUACUUCUAUCUAGAAGAUGGCACUUUAGAGAUUUAUGAGCCUCGAGUAGAUAAUUCCGGCAUAGUUCAGGGCUGCGUGGUACAUCGUCAGCGCGUUCAAAAAGCGCCGCCCUGUGACAAUGAGUUCAUGUCUCUAACUGAUUUGAAUAUUGAUUUGACGGUCCAGAUUUUCGAUCGUCAAUAUCACAUUAUAGACUGCGAUCAGUUCACUCGUGACUUUCUAAACAGACGCGGCAUUACCGUACCGGAUUCAAUGAAGUUCCCUUGCGAUCCAACUAAUUCCGUGCGUAAUCGCGAAAAGAUACGCGCUGUCAACCCUCCUGAAAAAAAACAUGCUUUUGCGCAAUUUUUAAAAUAUGAUCGACAGAUACUCAAAUUUCAUGCGUACUGGGAUGAUCGAACUGAGUUUGGAGACGUUCGCAAGUUAGAGCUCUGCUACUAUUUGGCUGACGAUACCAUAGAAAUCAAGGAGGUACAUGUGCGCAACUCUGGUCGCGACGGACCAACCGUAUUUCUGAAACGAGCACGUCUGGCACGGGAGUUUGACGGACUUUUAUUGCCAGGACAAACGACACCGAUAACACUACUUAACGUCUUAGGAACUAAUAUGCGCAACGUACGAUACUGUGUUGACCCUUUAAACACAGGCAACAAGGAUAUUAUGUAUUAUAGCGAACGGGAUCUACAAAUUGGCAGUGUGAUAAAUGUCUACGGUCGGGCUGUUAUCAUAACCGAACUGGACCCUUUUACACAGCAGUACUAUCGCCAACGCUAUGGUGUCGAAGAUUUCAGACCACUAGCUAUUCCUACAAGAUUGGACGACUGUACUGAAUACCGCCCAAAAGAGCGUGUUCUUCCACCAUAUAACGGCUGGGGAAGCUAUGAAGACUCGGUUGGAAAUUGCUUAUCUGUUGAGCCGAAACCUCCAAAGACUGACUUUAAAAAGUUUAUUAAGUUUGAUCGCUAUGUAUUGCGCUUUGGUGCCAAAAUGCUUUCUACCAUCAAAGAAAAUUGUGAACGCAUCUUUGUGAUAAGCUACUACCUGAGCGACGAUACCUUACAGAUACAGGAGGUAGCCGUACGUAACUCUGGUUUUCUCGGAGGCGAGUUCAUGAAGCGUACUCGCUUAGAAUUGCCCGGACAAGAGAGAUUCUCUAGUAAGCAACCACAAUACUAUAUGCCUUGGAACUUUUUCAUCGGGUCCACAAUGUCCCUGAAAGAUUUUAUUUUUCAUUUGGUAUCAGCAGACGAGUAUACACUUAUGUUUAUGGAGCACCAUCCGGAGCAGUUUAGCCACGCCAAUCUUCCCACCAUUAUGCAAAAAAUCCGCUCUGCGCUUCAGAGCCGUAUGGCUGAGUUCGUGGGGUCCUGCGUGCCAGAUUGUUACAAUUGGGAAAAGAAGCGCGACGUCUUUGUAUCUUUCGAAAGCUUCAAGGGAGCAUUAAUCGGAGUUCUGGGAAAAGUAAUCAGUGACCACGAAAUCAUCACGCUUUGCCGGCAUUUUUCGGCAGAACAAACCUCUCCAAGUAGUUGUUCUAGAGUUAGUGUACGGGCGGCAGCACACUUAGAAUUAAAGCGUGCAUUGUGGAAUGCUCGCGAGGACAUGAUGGAACAUUUUCAUCACAUUAAUCCCACUAACCAACCAUUCUUGCCUGAAUCAAAAGUUCGUUCCACACUUCGCGGCUGCCGUCUGCCCUUCUCACUUGAGUUGAUUGACAAUAUUUUAUCAAUUUUAAAUCGCAAUGAGUGUAACGAGAUUGAGAUAUGUGAUCUAAUGAGCUUUAUAGAUGUGUCCUGUAGCAAAGGCUGUGACAUGCCGCCUGUAAACCAUGCUUUCGAGCUGUGCCCUAAGAUUCCAUUCCAGCACAAAGGCCGAUUAGUGAACUUUUCCUGUUUUCUGAGUAAACUAAACCUGCCACUUAAUUUACCAUCUGGAACUGAGAGUGAGAAAGACACGAUGGGUGAUGCUAGGAUAUUGCCUCCGUCAACAACUGCAGAGCUCAAACUACUUAAUGACGAAACGCAGUACCAAAAUGACCAUAAUUAAAUGGAAGUAAAGACCUAAUUCAGACUAAUCCCAUGGGAUAUUUGGGCAGUUCAUUUUGUUAUUUUUCAUGUAAGGCUUUAUUUUUUCAUUUCAUUUUUUUAUUAUGAAUUGGAUUUAAGCACUUUUAUUCUUGCGGAAAACGAAAAUCUAUUUAACUU